AUGUGUAAGAACCGGAUUUCGCGGGCGUUGGUAGCGAAAGGCAAAAAAAAAGCUAGUCCAUUAGAAGCGAUUUUCACUUGCUAUAUAGACGUAGAACACUUUGAUUCAGGCACUGUUGAACCGGACAUGUUUACAAUCAAGAGAUCAAUUGCUCCAUUGACUUCAUCAAUUUUCAAAAGAAACAUGAUUACUGCCCAAGCUGUACUUUACUCGGAACAUGGGGAACCUUCAAAUGUAUUGUUUACCCAGAAAUUCUCCAUCGAUGAUGAUAAUUUAAAACCAGAUCAAAUUGUUGUCAAGACAUUGGCAUCUCCUAUCAAUCCAUCUGAUAUUAACCAAAUUCAAGGCGUUUACCCAUCAAAACCAGAAAAGACAUUGGAUUUCAGCACCGACAAACCAGCUGCCCCUUGUGGUAACGAGGGAGUGUUUCAAGUGUUGAAGGUGGGCGAUGGCGUAUCUGAUUUUGCUGUUGGAGAUUGGGUGAUUCCAAGCCAAGUGAAUUUUGGUACUUGGAGAACUCACGCAUUGGGCACGUCAUCCGAUUUUAUCAAGUUGCCCAACCCAGAGCAAUCGAAAUCCAAUGGCAAGAAACGAGGAUUGAGCAUAAAUCAAGCAGCUACUAUUUCAGUCAAUCCAUUGACAGCGUACCUCAUGUUGACCCAUUAUGUUAAAUUGAUCCCGGGAAAGGACUGGUUUAUUCAAAAUGGUGGGAAUUCUGCUGUGGGUAAAUAUGCAUCGCAAGUUGGUAAAUUAUUAAACUUUAAUUCAAUUUCAGUAAUUAGAGACAGACCCAAUUUGGAUGAGGUUAAAAAAGAGUUGCAGGAACUAGGCGCUACUCAAGUUAUCACUGAAGAAGACAAUGCAUCAAAGGAGUUUGGUGGUCAUGUCAAGUCAUGGGUUAAGGAAACUGGUGGCGAGGUUAAGUUAGCUUUAAACUGUGUUGGUGGCAAAUCGUCAGCUGGUAUUGCUAGGAAAUUAAACAACAAUGGGUUAAUGUUGACAUACGGAGGAAUGUCGAUGCAACCAGUCACUAUACCAACGUCAUUGUACAUUUUCAAAAAUUUCACCAGUGCUGGAUUCUGGGUCACGGAAUUGUUGAAAAAGAAUCAAGAGUUGAAGCUAAAGACAUUGGGUCAAAUUAUUGAAUGGUAUGAAAAUGGUCAAUUGAAAGAUUCUCCAAGUACACAUGUUGAGUUUGAUGGUGAUGAUUUGGCUAAAUUGUACCAGAAGGGAAUUGUUGAUUCGAAAGGGGGAAAGCAAUUGAUUACUUACAAAUGA